AAUAUGGCGGCUACAAUACGCAAAUAAUAAUUCGCGCGAAUCAUCGGUGGCUAGUGUUCUCAAUGAUAGAUAAUAACCUUAUGUUUUAUGACCGAUGGGAAGUGGAGCCUCUAAGACAACAGGAAAGGCAAUAAAAACCCAUGCAAGGUCAAACGGUAAACAAACAGCUAUUGAGAACAUAUACCACUCUGAAGAGCGUCACAAUAAACUUUCCCAAGAUGCAAAAUCCGCCAACGGAAAUGUGAAAGAUGAAUGUGACGCGACCACCAGAAAAGGAAAACCCGUGACUGAUCGUUUUUCUGCAGAAAAUGAACAGAUGACCAAAGAUGAUGGCGACGAAAAGAUACUCAUAUCUUCGCUCUGCGAAAAUGAUCCUCAACUUGAAACACGAUUGAGUUCCACGAACAGGCAUUACCAGUCCUUGAAUAAAGCUUUUCACGAUGGAAAUCUUUUGACAGAACCGUCACUUGAACACGCUAAAGCUUUAAUUGAUGUUUACUCAAAGUGCAGGAAAAGAUCAAACAAAACUGUUGUGACAGAUUUUGCUUUGGCUGUGGGAAUACAUAAACUUGUUUACAAUAUAACUGUUGAUCGUAGAAGUAAUUAUCCAGAGAUAACAACUUGGGAUAGGAAUGUUCGCAAAGAUACGGAGAAAGAAGAACAAGGCAAUCAGGAGGAGGCAAAUGACAACACUCUUGUCGGUGAUGAAAACAAGGUGAAUUUAGAACUAUUAGAUUAGUAAUGGCUAAGAAGUUGACAACUUAGUUCAGGGAAUUUAUUUAAUAUAGUAACAAUGUUAUUUUAAGAAAGGGCAAAACAGUCAGGUUACUAAUAUGUGCCUGAUCAAAGUUACCCCUUACACAUGCCAUAGGGGUGAUCUUCCAUUUGUGUAGAAGACAACAAUCUAAAAACUAGAGUUGCUUAAUUUAUUUUCACUACUACAAGUAAGCUUUGUAAAUUCUAUGCUCUGAACUAUAGUUUUGUAUUCUCCAUUUUUCACCUUUUUUACAUAUGACAUGCUUUUUUUAUAUCUUUUGGCAAAUUAAAUGACUUAAUUAUUUAAUCAAGAAAUUGAAGUAAUGUACAGUAUAUUGGCAUAUUUUAUUCCUGCCUACAAAUUAUUCAUGUUGGAUUGGUCAGCUCAGUUUUGCAGGACAGACUCAUACAUACAUGUAAAUAUGUUUAUCUGGUGUUAUCAAAUUACUUUCUAGAACCUUGACAGUACCUUGCCGGAUGUUCAACCAGUUAAAGAAGGAGGGAUCCAUGGGAAAACUCAUGGGACAGGGAAUAGUGACCCCCCAGCAAGUACCAAGGACGAGGUCAGCUUAUCAUCUCCUCUACUGCUAUGUGAUGUUUCGAUCAAAAUUCACUUGAGUACUGUCAUUGAUGACUAAAAAUAUCCCUGUAAGCUUGGUUUGCUGUAAUACAGAGGUCCAGUGUAAGUUGUAGGCUGAUCGGGCUGAUGUUACUCUCAAUCAGGAUCAGGAAGCAAAUGAUGUAAAUGGUCAAAAACCACCAGGAGGAGAUGAAAUCCCAAAGGCAGUUCAAGAGGGUGAAAAUGAGGAAGAGAAAGCUGUGAGUACCGAUAGAAAGUACAGGGAGGAUUUUUAACAUUAUCAUUUAUUAUUAAAAUGCAUGUAAUAAUAAUUGAUAUGCUGAUCGAUAUACAGCUGUUAGUAGUAAAUACAGAAUUCUUCUGUUGACUGUCACUGAGCAAUAAUUAAUGCUAGAACAAUUGUUUAGUUAUCAGAGAGUAUAAAUUAAAAUAUUGAAAUGUUUCAAAGAAAGAUAGGUGAUGAAAGAUUCCCUGUAGGCAGUCAAUGCAGCAAAAAGCAAACAAAGAAACAAAAUAUCACAGUCAGGAUUCAGUUGUCUGAUGCAAUUUUAUGUCAGUAAAAAUUUUCACAAUGAUUUAAAAGUGAUCAAACUGUUUCUGUUAUACAUUUUUUUAAACCUUUUUAAUGUUGAUAAAUUCCAUGGGACUUUGUGCCUUUUGGGAUAUGAUGUGAUGUAUAAUUUUAUGAUAUUCAAUCUAAAAGUAUAUUAUAGUAUAGUAUAUUGUAUAAUAUAUAUUAUAUAUUAUAUUAUAUUGUAUAAUAUAGUAUAAAAAAUGCCUUUGGCUAAAAUAACAUAAUACCUAACACUGAAGAAAUGUGUAUCUUAAUUGAGUUUUUUUUCCUAGUGCAUCGUCAUAUAAUACUUUAUCUGAUUCAUGAACCUAAUUUUUUACUCAUCAAUUGCAAAAAUUAUUAACAGUCAGAAGAGGAUGAAGAAAAGGUGGCAGCACUGAAGAUGUCACAGGACAUUAUAAACCAUCUGCUAGCAGUAAUAAUGAACUUUACUGACCUCCAUGAUUCAUUCUGCCUGGCAUGCAGUGAUCUGGGGAUGGUUCAAAUUCUCAUUGACAUGACAAAAGAUCUACAAGAUACAAUAAGUUAUCAUGUAAAAUAUGUGGUAAGUCUCAUCAACUUGUGUAUGUGUUUUAAAUCUCUUUAAGACUUAUUGCAUGAGCACUUUUGUUUUUCCUUUUUUAUUCCAUGUAAUAUGAACCUUUAAUGCUCAAAAGUGAUCAACAUGUAACUUCUUCCUAUAUUAUCCAUACAGUAACCAACAAGCAGGCAAUUAUAAUACUCAAACUUAUCAGACAGAAGUUGUUAUCUUGAUCUAACACCAAUAUCUUGUAACUAAUUACAGCAAGAGGUGAAAAUUAGCCAUCAGAUCUCUAGAAUUAUAGGGGUUAAGGUAUUGAGCAUUCCCAGAAAGUAUAGACAUGGCAGAGCUGUUUGUAAAUGCUGGCAGCAAGGAAAUCUGUAAGACAGGUAUUUUUUUGAGUAUGUCUGUGUGGCAAGUGGAGACAUGUAUGAUAAAUGAAAGGGGUAAGACUUGUCCUUUGCAUUCACCGCACACUUACGUUGAAAUCCCUCACCUGAAAAAUGACAAAAAGAAAAAAAUUCAAACUCCUUGUGCUUGUUAGCAGCCUGGAAUACCCACCUGUUGCUUACACUUUAUUAGCCAACUGUCUAUUUGUUCACUUUUUGGUUUAUUUGUGUGUUUGUUUAUUUUAUCUUGAAAUCAACAGAAUCCCAAAACACAGUACUUAUCUAAGUACUCAUCGCGAGGAAAAAUGCUAAACAGGACGUUGGGAGUCCUACAUAACUUGUCUAAACGUGUGCCAACCAGGAUGAACUUUGCUGCUUGUCAGGCAUUGGAUAUACUUAUUCCUCUUCUCAAGGCAGAGGUGGCACUUUUUGGUGCUAAGAGCUUACUUGUAUUGGCCUGUUUGAUUGAUGAAGAUAACAAUCAUUUGAUCAUGGCUGACGAAGGUAUAUAUAUGAGUGGGAUUAAGAGUUGAUUCAUUUUUUACCUUAAAAUACAGACUCUUUUUCCACAUCCCUUUGCCUGUGCCGCUGACACUUCAGUUUACGCAUCCAGGUACCUUCGUCCAACCCUAUACAAUCUGACCUCGAUUAUCCGGACUCGUGAGGACUGGGCUGAAUCGUCCUGAUAAACGAGAGUCCGGAUAAUCGAAAAUUUUAAAAUAAAUCAACCAAAAAUUAAACAAAAUAAAUAUUACUUAAUCAACAUUACGAAAGAAUUAUGGAGACUCUCAAAUCUUUUAUGCAUCAUUACCAAAAUUUGCCAAAGUAUUUACAAAAAGCUGCACUAAUGGAAUAGCGUUAACAUUGAUUCAGUACAUGUGCUUUGUAUGGUGGGAAAAAGUUGUUACGGAUCUCGAUUGUGACUAAUUUAUAUUCAUAAAAAUGGGACCAUAGAAACGAAUCCCGUUAAUUGAAAAAUCCGGAUAAUCGAGGCCUGGAUGAUCGAAUUUCAGCCAGGUAAUAGCAUAUUCUAUGUUGGAGAAAAAAAAACAGAAAUCAUAAUGAGACUUUUUACACCGCUAUCCUCUGACCAUUUCUUGUCUUGUGUCCACUUGGUUGAUCCUGUGAUGGAAAGAAAAAGCAAAGUCAUUAUUAAAUGAAACAAGCCGUAUUUUGGCCUGCAGGUGACUUUUUUUCCCCUUUUUUGUGAAGGAUUAAGACUACGAACAAUCCUUCCUUUUGGGACAAGUCCUUCGCGCGAAAAAUCAAUGACUUAUGCGACGGACUUCGCCGAAAAGCAGGGACUGCAGGUGGUCUGUAAACGAGUAGUAUUAGACUAGGCCUCCUUCCCUGAUAUUUUAACAAGCUUGAUUUGUUGUAAAUUUAAGAUUCAAUACCAUGGUAUGGCAAGAACUUUUCCUUUGCUCCGAAAGGCUACGAAACAACUUCAUUCACAAAACGACCAUAUCUUGUCUUUUCUUUCAGGACCAAUCAAAUUCCUUACAACUAUACUGAAGAAAGCCAUCGGAUCAACCACUCACAGAUAUUUGGGACUCUCAGCAUCGGAGCUAGCAGAGGGACUGGCGCAAAUUGCUGUUAACGAUAAUAACAAGAAAACGGUAUUGAUUUUGACGUUCAUUUGCAAAAUAAUCACGGGUCAGUUACCCACUAUGUGCCUAGUUUUAUGUAAGGGAAAUUCAGCUAAAUUCAUAAUGAUCAAUUUAAGGAAAGUCACGAAUUGAUAAUUCUAUAAUGAAAGAAAAUUCCCCGAUUUUCUAAUUAUCGAUAUUGAGUGUUAUAAUUUUACAGUUAUUAAAUCAAAUAUCCACAUUUAUGUAACGCCGUAUCUAAACGACGCAGGAUCUUUUGCCUUUUUUUCUACUCUUUUGUUUGGGUUCGAUUGUUUUGCCAGCGUUUUGUGCAGUACAUUGUAGACUCCCACGAAACAACUUUUCUAUCAAUCAUGAAAACUCUAGACAACAUAUACCUCAGCAGUGGUUCUAAUAACAACCGUUUAGCAGCGGUCUACCGUGGCCCAUAAGACUUCCUGCCGCCUUCUAUUUACUCGGUUUCGUCUUAAAGCCCCUUUUCGGGCACAGACGUCAUCGGUAUAUACAACACCAUCGGUAGCCGCUUAGGGAAAAAGGUAUUUCAACUCUUGCCUCGGUAUGGCUUAACUUGAAAACAUUCAGGGAAAGCAUGCGCACACCUUUAAAAUUCGAGUUGGUGUUAAUUCCUAAUAAGAUAAACUGUACAUCUCACUUCAUCCAUGCUCUAGAUUGGUCAAUGCGAAGCUGUUCCAAUCCUGGUUAAAAUGCUUCAAAAUGCAAAGGGGAAUGAGGAGAGACUGAAAGCUUGUAAUACACUUUGGACGUUAGCUUUUGACGAGGAAAAUAGGCAGAUGAUUAAGAGUGAUGAUUACGCACUUUUUGAGCUGCGCAAACUUCUGACCACAAGUGAGGAUAGUGAGAUAAAGAGAACUGCCGCUGGUGCAUUGUGGGAAUGCGAAGGCAAAGAAAAACACGCUGAAGAGAAACAGCAAACAGUCACAUUGGAGCAAAUAUCGGGUUCGUAUUCGCCCAAACAGUCAGUCUCUACUAUAGCUUCACAAAUGAUAUAAGUUUCACCAGCCUUUCUCACGGUGAAAUACAAAAAAAGUCCUGAACCUAUACCAUAGCAUUUGUAUACCUAUACCAACAGCAUUCUUUUUAUGUAACUGUCAUUUUAUGAGCGCACUUAAAGAUUCUAACUUUUCUUUAUCACAUUAAACUGGGUGGUGUUGUGUGGCUAAGCCAAUCAAUACUCCUAGGUCUACUGGAAACAGUAGUCCUACCUUUUUAGGAAACCUCCGUAAUAUCUUAAUGAUAAGAGUACCUAUUUGUAGUAAAUUAUGACUUUUUUGUAAUUUCGUUUUAAAUUUUCUAGAAGCGAAGCACGUGAUGAUCAGUUACCAAUGGGAUGUACAAAAACUCGUGAUUCAGAUCAAAAACAAACUUCAGGCGGACGGCUUCAAGGUUUGGAUGGACAUCGAUGAGAUGGGUGGUUCUACUCUGGAAAGUAUGGCCAAGGCUGUGGAAAAUGCAAGUGUGGUGUUGGUGUGUGUGUCUCAGAAAUACAAGGAGAGUCCUAACUGUAGAUCAGGUAAUGAAAUUUUGGAAGUCAACUCAUGAUUCUUCUUGUGAGGCUGUCAUUAGAAACUAUAAUCUAGAAUAAUAACCUAUUUCUUAAGUUAUGAAAAAGAGAAUUGUCAUCCCGCCCUCGGAAUGCCAAAGCAUCACGGUAUCAUGGUAAAUAGAUUGAUGUGUUGGAUCAAAUUUUCCCCUCAGCUGUUGUUUCUUUGCUCAUUCUUUAAUACGAUACGUUACCUUAAUUAUAUUUUGAUAACAUAUGAAUAUUUUAUUUCGUCGAACUUAUUUAGAGGCAGAGUACACAUAUCAGCUACACAAAGAUGUCAUCCCUCUGAUGAUGGAUGGUAAAUACAGACCUGAUGGUUGGCUCGGCUUCAUUGUGGGAUCCAAAUUCUGGAUUGACUUUAGUGAGAAACAUAAACUGGACUCUAGCCUGGACACACUCAUAAGGGAACUGGGGAAUAGAGGAAAAUUUGACCCGCAGGAACCUAUUGGUCAAGGCAUAGGAAUUAAACCAGGUAUAGUGGUGUGGGCGUUAAUCUGGAAGACAGGGACUGGAAACGAGUGGGAAUAACUCCAAAAUAGUGUAUAUGUAUUGUCAAAACUACUUUGGAAAAUUGGACUGAUGAAACAGGGAAAGUAUCACAAAACCUAUUAGUGGUGGCUAAAAAAUUAACGUUUAUCAAGGGAGGGGAGGGGGGAGAGGAAGGGGAUGCGAGGAAAGGUGAAGGCUGACAAUGUAGCCGACAUUUUUCUCAAAUUUUAAUGAAUUAAAUAAUUUAUUUUCAAGUAUAUCAUUUUCAAUGGAGACCUUUUGUAUCCUUUUUCUUUUGGAUUGAUUAGGACCCUUAUUAUGAUUAUCUAUGCUCACAAACAAUCAUUUGAUUACUAGUCGUAAUGAUUUAACUCUUAUUUUAUGACAGUCGCGAUUGCGGAUAGUGUUGAUGCCUCGCCUCAGACCUCCAUCAAAUCGUGGACAUGUGGCGAUGUUAAAAAGUGGCUCAAUGAUGUUGGACUGGAAAACAGGUCAGCUUCUGAAUUACAAAAUAGUUUUUUUUUCACUUACAGCUCUGGGGCUGAUGAGUUUGUCGUCUGCUUGUUAGUGCGACUUCAAAGUCAAAAACUUUCGAGCUUCACUAAAUGAAUCUUGGAAUGAAUGGCAUCCCGGCUUUCUGUAUUCAAGAAUUUGCACUAGGGAAUUAGGACUGCAUGUUUUGUCAAAGGCCAACUAUGAAAAAAGCGAUAAAUAAAAGCAAAAAUAUAAAAAUGAAACCACUAGCGCACUAUCGACCUCCUGCCGACCGUCGAAAUCCCAAAUCUAAUGUACUCUUGUCGAUAGGCAAUUUAAGUGCGUCAGCUGUUAGGGUUGUUUGGAAGUUUUCUGCUGAGUUAGAGUGAAGUGAAGCGUGCUUCUGAUUAAUCCUUCGUUUCUGAAUCUUCUUUCAAUUUUAAUUUCUUUCUUUCAAUUAAUCUCGCAGAUUGGAUCCAAAGGCUGUCCAGCGACUAGAUGGUCAGAUGUUGCUUCGUCUUCAAGGUCUCAGAAAAGAGGUGUGUCCUUUUAUCUGUUCUUCUGGUCUGAUUAUACGCCAUCUAGUGAUAAGAUAAUGAAAGCCUCAGUAAACGAGGUAAAGAACUAAUAAAGCGCUACCCCUCCUGCAACUGAUGAAAACUAGUUAUGUCCACACGACGCACUUCUCUCUAAAGAAACUUGAGUAACCAAGGGAUAAUGUACAUGUAUGAAGGGGAUAAGUUUCUAAAUAAACUGUGGUAAUUUGGUAUUAAUUGAGUUGACAACGUAAAUUGGCCACCGUAAAGAGUUGGAAGAUAACGUUUCGAGCGUUAGCCCUUCGUUAGAGUGAACGGACAUGUUCCUGAGUUCACUCGUGGCAAAUCCACUGCGGAUCUCCUUUUCGUAAGCAAAAACGUCGCACUGAAAAGAGUCGCUCCGGAUUUUUUGUUGUGCCAUCACACGUUUAAAUUUCGUAGGAUUCAGUAAAGAGCCAUAUCGAAAGUAAUCGGGGACUGGGUUGGUUUCUGCCUCAUUAUACUUCGUGAUUGGUCCAGAACACUUGAACACGGGUGCAGAACACUUAACCAAUCAGAUGCAAAACUGAACCAACUACUCUUUGGUUACUUCUGUUCAUUAGGUAUACUUUCUUUCAGUUCUCUUAACCUUUGAAGGUCAUCUUCUGGCUUGAUCAGCCAUUGUGAUAAAUCUAGUUUUAAUUUACGAUACUUAAUCGAAAAGCGCUUCUUAAGGGAAUGUCUUCCCUUGUUUGACAGCAAGUUCUGAUAUUGUAAUGCAAACUUUCUUUUUGGAUUAGUUUCAUUUCUUUUCUCUUGCUCUGUAGAGUACAUUUUCGAUUUGUAUGCAGCCUACUGCAACGCAGUUGCACAAGAUGGGACUCUAAUUAUAUUUUCUUUAGAUCUCACUGCGAAGUUUUCUCUUUGUUGCAGACAAGCCCGGAUUUCUUUUACGCAUCAGUUAAAGCAGAGUUCAAACUGGAAAGUUUAUUUGAUUUGUUAAAGUUCACAGAUGCACUGGAAAAACUGGAUGCAUAGAUUUGCUGUCGACAUGCUUCCGUUUACAGGAGAUUUACCCAUGGAGUAAUGUGUCUGCGACUAAUACAUCAUAGAUCGUCAUAAAUACCUUUUCUGACGGAUAGUUGAUGUUGUGCAAGAAAUCUGAACCCCGACUAUGUUUCGGUCGCACAGUUUAGCUAUGGGACCUCUCCAAUCGAGCGCACCGCGCCAUUAGUGUUGACCCGAGAAUUUGGGGCGGUGAUUGGUCGUUAAACUCCCGGGAAAACUUUAAACAAACAAUCACAUAAAGUAUGAAAUGUUUCGUGUCUUGUCCAACCAAGCAAGCACUUAUUCAAGAGAAAAAUGUCACGGGUGCAGAAGUUGGCUAAAGAUGCGGAAUUACCAAAUUAUAAGUAUGGUUUUGAUACUGAAUAAAUGAAUAAAUACAGAAAGAGAGAAAGCAAAACGAGGACAUUUCUUUUGUCAAAACUGCCCCUCAAAUUUCUGCACUCCGUAAAUGUGAUGAUUUUAGCAAACAUCAUGCCAUGAAGCUUUUAGAAGGAAGCAACCGUAGCUCGAGUUACGCUGAGGCGAACGUGUUUUUUCUGCUAUAACAUUUUUGCAUUAUAGGGAUAAGGUUACACAAUUGCAAGCGUUCAUUCACUGGAAAAGACGAAAGAGAGGGCAAGCGAAAAAAGCGGCGUUUGCAGUUGUGAAGGAAACGAUUGCGGAACGUCGAUUUUUGUCUUUGCCUGACCCGUCGCCAAAAUUCUUUUAAUUUUAAUUCAUAUUUUCACUGAAUUUUCUGAGAAAAAGAAAAUAUAUAUUUAUUAACGUCGUUAUGAUAGGUGGACUAGGCAGCUUUUCAGUGAUAUGUAUUUAUUAUUUACAAUUGUCAAUUAUUUAUCCCAGUGUUAUUUUUUAGUCAAAUUGACUAUUUAAGCAACCUGUGCGUUUUUGACAUACAAACAGGUUAUUUUUUAACUUACAAGUUUUACUACAAAUCUCCAAAACUAAAUUGUUGAGUUUAAAAAUAAGUACGUCCUUUCAUACUGAAUGUACAAUAGAGAGAGGCGAUGUGUUUUUUCUUGAUGGACCAUUAGAAAAGUUAUAGAAGAUGCAAGAAUUUUGCUCUCUGCAUUUAGGGAGAAAAUCUUAUUCGUUUGUUUGUUUUAUUUGUCCUAGAGCAGCUUUUGUCAGUCCGUGGGCAUGUAUUUUUUUCCAAUAAUCUACGAGAAACCCACCCACCCGCGGUCUGCGGGGCCCAAAACCGCAGACCGCCAGCAACGCAGGCUACAUUAAGACCCAUUUUCUUGCCCUCUUCCUCCCCCCUCCCACCAUAAACUUUUCUUCAGAGGUCUUUCGUAGGCAUUUCCUCCCUCCCCUCCCUCUGAAUCAAGAUGAGUGCUUGUUGCCCUCGCCUGAGGAAGUUUGUUGCUAAGAUCAGGAGCCUAUUACUUGGUGAUGUAAUAGGCUCCUGCUAUGAUGUGAUUAUUGUGCUCAUCUGACACUUUGCUGGUUUACUAUGUAAACUUCGUGUGGUUAUUGAUUGAUAGGGUCAGGAAGCUCUACAAGGAUAAAUCACACCAAUAUGGCUGAAGUUGGAACGGGAAACUCCGUUGACGUCAAUUUUCGCGUCCAACAAACUUCAUUCGACGCAAAAGGUGAAGCCGGAGCGAACAUAAACACGCAAACUGCAGAUGCGCACGAUAAUCUCGAUCCGAGCUUGACAUUGGCUUUGUUCAGCGAGAAACAUCCGGAGAUGUGUCCGAUUUUCACUGUAACUACGGAAAAUUUUCAGGCCUUGCAGGCAGCUCAAAAUGAUGGAAUAUUUAUCUCUCCAACCACGUUAACAAUUGUACAAGGCCUGCACGAAAGCUACGUCCAAAUCAAGAAUCCAAGCGAUAGGAUGUUAUUAUCUGAUUUUGUUACGGCUUUGGGAUUUCCCGAAUUUGCCUAUGAAGUAAUUGUUCAAUGCAGAAUAAAUUACGAAGAGCUUACCUCUUGGGACAGGGAGAGGCAAAAUGAUAUCACUGUGCAGGGGACAGUAAAUGAGAUGACAAGUGCUGACAAGCAAGUUAAGGUACGUAGUUUGGUAAUACUCAUAAGCCUCGCUCGUUUGAUAUCUGUAUCUAGCUAUUGCUACACACAGCUUAGUGUGAUGGGAAGUGUCUUGCUUAUUGCAGAAGCAGAGCUAUUUCUAAGGUCUCUUAGACAAAAUUAACCAAUCGAAUUAUAGGAAACAAACGAUGAUUUGAACUAAAUUAAGGUAAACAUUGCUAAGAAUUUAGAUGAGAUUUUAUUCUUGUGUCUUGCAACUGGAUCACAACUUAUUUAUAUCGUCACCCUAACUGAUAAAGUUUAUCAAAAGUAAUAUUUAUUGAUUUUGUAUCUUUAAAGGAGGUUAAAGAUGAUGAAAACCAGAAAGAAUCACUGAACUCGUGCCAAGAUAUCAUUACCAAGCUAGUGGGAGUGCUUUUGAAUUUCUCAGACCUUCAUGAUCAAUUCUGUGUAGCUUGCAGCAAUGUUGGCAUUGUCCAAAUUUUUGUUGAGAUGACAAAAGAACUCAAAGAUGCAAUUUCUCACAAUGUAAAAUUUGUGGUACGUAGAUCCUUACUUCAUACUUCAUUUUCUUUGGAUACCCUCUCCUCCCCCCUGCCUCUUCAUAACAAAUUUGAUUUUAAACCUCAAAUGACCAAUUUUUAAAAAAUGAAAAAAGGCCACUCUUCAGCUUGUCAUUUAAUGCUCUAUGACAUUUUUAAAGAUUAUAACUACAGCUCCACUGAAAGUAAUUUGUGUGAGGUUCAAUUGAGUGUCCAUACCAAUACUCCCAAGAUUCCUUCUCUAGGGACUGUUCCCUACGCCCCUAAUAUGAAUGGAACGUUACACCAGUUCAGACUUGAUCUCCACAUUUACUUAGUCUCUCUCUCAGGGUUCUGAUGUUUAUUUACACUUUUCUCUUCAUUUUCCUUGACAGCUGUGUUACUAUAAUUAUUAUUAUUAUUAUUAUAAUCAUUAAUGAUUUCUUUAGUAUUUUUCUUUUUUAUUAUCAUACUGUAGAACCCCUCCAACUUGAAUUUGGUUAACUCAAAUACCUUGAUAACUCAAACAAGAUCUGAUUUCCCUCAACCCCAUUUUUCCAUUCAUUUACUAUCAGUUGACUUAAACCCCUACUGAUGUUAACCAUUUCUUGGGAGUUCAAGUUAGCGAUGUUCUACUGUAUCUAAUAUUCAGUGAUUUUUAUUGCUGUUAAUGUUUUGUAAUCUUGAAUUAACAGAAUCCCCAAACACAGCAUAUAAAAAAUUUCACAGUACGAGGCAGAAUGCUUUCAAGGAUCUUAGGAGUGCUUCAUAACUUGUCUAAACGUGUACCUACCAGGGUGAACUUUGCUGCUUGUCAGGCAUUAGAUACACUCAUUCCUCUUCUUAAGGCUGAAGUGGCUCUUUUUGGUGCCAAAUGUUUGCUUAUUUUGGCUUAUUUAAUUGAUGAAAGUAACAAUCACAUGAUCAUGGCAGAUGAAGGUAAAAUUCACAGAAAUAUUUUGGCGUCAGCUUUAAUGGGAGCUGAGACUUUAAAUGAGUUUCACUCUUUGAAAACCAAAUUUGUUGAACGGCUAUAGGCAGCUAAUUAUUAAAUUUAUGCUUAAAGUGAUAUCAUUUUGUUUUGAAAGUGAUUUAAAGUGUUAAAUUAAAUUGUUAUGUAGUUUCCAUUAUUAUAUUUGUUAACAGCAGAUUAGUUUCAAUGUUAUGAUUUAUGAUCAUGGUAACACCUCAAAAUCUCACUGCAAGUGAUAAUUCAAAUUAAAUGGUGUUAUAGCAAAGAUGUUUUGUUAAAUAUCUUGUAAUUUAUUAUUUUAUAAUUUCAUCUUUUGAAUUUCACCUUUCAGGUCCUAUCAAACUUCUUACAAACUUGCUUAAGAUGUCUUUGUCGUAUUCAAAUCAUAGAUGUAUAGGCUUCUCUUCAUCAGAGCUUGCCGAAGGAUUGACACAAAUUGCAGUCAAUGAUAACAACAAGAAAAUGGUAAUAAGAUGGGAUUAUUAUCUUGUUUUGAUUGUUUAUUGCUCACCAAAAAUGCAGACAGGGAAGGAAAGAUCAACUUCAUUUGCUAGCAAGUGCAAUGCAAGUAAUGCAUACAAAACUAUGACCUGACAUCUUUUGGGGAUGGGAGUUGUAAUAUGACUGCAUGAUUGUAAAAUGAUACCAUUUCAGGCCGGCAGUAUGUAUAAGAGUCUAACUAGGGCCUAAGCGCAUCUGGCCUCUUGCAGAUUUGAACCUGUCUUAUAGGUCAGGGGUACAGUUUCCACUGUGUGAAAUUCUCUGUUUGUUUUUGAGCUAGUCAGAUGUUUAUGAAAGGAUAGGAAUUUUGCAAUGAAGGUGUAGAAAGUGUGUAUUACCUUUAGAAUACUGAAUAAAGUUAUUUAUGGGUCAGAGGCAGUGUAAGGUAUAAAAGUGUUAAUUAGGUUGGUUAUAGGGCAUGAUCUUCAUGAUCAAAGCAUCCCAAAGAGGAACCUCUGGGCACCAUGUGUUUGUGGGGUUGAAUCUCUUUAUCUAUUUCAGAUUGCUAAAUGUGGCGCCAUUCAAAUUCUUGUAAGGAUGCUCCAAACUGCAAAAGAUAAUGAGGAGAAACUCAAUGCAUGCAAUGCGUUUUGGACCUUGGCAUUUGAUGAGGAAAAUCAGAUGGAAAUUAAAGCCAAUGAACAGGCCAUAAGUGAACUUGAGAAACUUCUUACUGAUGAGAACAUUGAAAUACAGCGAGCUGCUGCUGGUGCACUAUGGGAAUGCAAUGGGAAAGAAAGAUAUGCAGAGGAAAAAAAGCAGAAAGUUGGAUUGCAACAGAUAACAGGUACGUGUGCACAAUGUGCAUGCUAAGUAUUUUGCAGGAUUGCUUAGUGAAAGUCCUUCAUAAGUCAGCUUUGUACUGUUGAUUUCCUGUUUCUUUCUCACAAAAUUUACCCUUGUUGCUAAGCAAACAUCUGUAGAGUCUAUUUACAGUUACUGACAACACUACUUCACUAUCAAGUUACUAAGAAAUGUAUGAAGUGGACAAAAACUGGGACACAAUAAGCUUGAAGGCGAAGCAUGCCCCUGAAGGAAAUUUUUUCCCUCUAGCCUCAAAGUAAGCAUGUUUGCAAGUUCCAGCUGGGAAAGAGUACUGUGUAAAGUCAGUCAGCAGUUCCCAGAGCACAAAUAAGAAUAUGGACUUGUAAUCAUGACAACGACAGCCCCUUGAGUAGCAGGAUAGAGGGCUUUAACUUGUGUCUAGCACCCAAGGUACUGGAUCACAUUGCCUCUCUCGCCUUCAUAUUGUCCAUCUCCUAACUCAAUUGUGCAAGGAUCCAUUCUUUAUCUUUCAAGGGUGUUCAUGAUCUGCUGAAACUGAUAAGCUACGGACCGCCCCCGCGAAAGUUCCGUUAUAUAAACAGUAAGCAAUAAAAGUAAAAAAAACACUAGGCAUACACGGUCUUCGUCUUGCGUGCGACUCACCCAUUGCGCUCCUCUAGCUCUUGCCUUCCACCUUCUCCACUCGCCCGAAAAGGGCAAAAAAAAAAGGACACCUGUAUUGUGGUCUACCUUGGUCGUACCUGUUUCUGCAUCAUUUAGCCUUCAUUGUAUAUUUCUACAGACGCCAAGCACGUUAUGAUCAGUUACCAAUGGGAUAUACAAAAACUCGUGGUUCAGAUCAAAAACAAACUUGAAGCGGGUGGCUUCAAGGUUUGGAUGGACAUCGAUGAGAUGGGUGGCUCUACUCUAGAAAGUAUGGCCAAGGCUGUGGAAAAUGCAAGUGUGGUGUUGGUGUGUGUGUCUCAGAAAUACAAGGAGAGUCCUAACUGUCGAUCAGGUAAUGAAAUUUUGGAAGUCAAUUUCUAACUUCGAUUAAGGAUAUUGACAAAAACAAGAAACCUUGGGCUUAAAUGAUCUGUACCUGAAAAUUCGCAUGGUAGCAUAAACCUAGUUCCUAAUAUAAAUCCUAAGAUGUCCGUCAACAAAACUAUAAACUCCUGGAAGAAGUAUUAGUAGUUAAAUAGUUUUAAGUGUUUAUAUGACUUACAGCUCGACAGAAAAAUGACUCGCAAGACUAAUGUAUUGGAUCAAAUUUUCCACUCAGCUGUUGUUUCUUUGCACAUUCUUCAAUACGAUACGUUACCUUAAUUAGAUUCUGAUAGCAUUUGAAUAUUUUAUUUUGUCGAACUUAUUUAGAGGCAGAGUACACAUAUCAGCUACGAAAAGACGUCAUUCCUUUGAUGGUGGAUGGUAAAUACAGACCUGAUGGUUGGCUCGGCUUCAUUGUAGGAUCCAAAUUCUGGAUUGACUUCAGUGAGAAACAUAAACUGGACUCUAAUGUGACCAAACUUGUGAAAGAACUGGGAACCCGUGGAAAAAUUGAGGUGGUGGAAUCCAUUGUUCAAGGUACAGAUAAUCACAAACCGAGCACAUAUGAUUCUUUUUAUUCGUUUCGGCAAAAAACUCGCUUUUAUUCUGUCUUCUUGUUUUUUAUCAUUUAAAAUAGAUUUGACCACGAAUCAGUAAAGUUGCAACUGAUUUGUAACAAUUUGUUUGAGGAAGAUUAAGGUGGUAGCAAUGCUAUCAAUUAAUUAUACGUAAGCAAAAAUAUGGUCGGAAUAUUUUUUUGCUCUAUGUGACAGAUUAUAGUUCUGCAGUUUGUGGGAUAAGGUGAUGUGUAUUUUACAUAGCAGGGUGGAGGAGGGGGAAUGUUUGCUUUUCGAGAAUAAUCCAAUACCCGUCAAAAUUUGGAUUUCUGUUAUCAAGGGCGCAGGUAAAAUUGGUAGUAGGAGAGGGAGGAGAUCCAACGCCGCCUAUUUGGGGCUUGACUGUUAUGUACUUAUUGACUGAGCGGGAGGGCCGGACGGAAAAAUAUUUGGUUCGAGGUAUAAGAGCCGUGUGAGUCCAGGACCGGACAGCUUUUCCUAGACCGGAUCGUGUCAACGCGUCCGGCCCCACACAAUGUAGUGUCACUUUCUCUACCCCUUUUCGCAGCCACGCCCCUGGUUUUUAAACCUGAUUUAAUCUUGUUUAUAUUUCUAAAUUGAUCUAAUUUUACCAUCCGAACUGUAGCCGCGGUUGAGGAUGUUGUGGACGCCUCGCCUCACCCCUCCAUCAGAUCGUGGACAUGUAGUGAUGUGAAAACCUGGCUUAAAGCUAUAGGACUAGAGAAUAGGUGACUGCAGAAUGACAGCUGAGUAAUUGAGUUUUUCAUCGCAGGGGAAUUCUAGUUCACUGAUGGUUUUUAAUCUACUUUAAAUCCCAGGUUAGAUUCAAAAGCCCUGCAAAGACUUGAUGGUCGGAGAUUACUACGCCUGCACGAUCUUAGAAAGGAGGUAGCCACCCUUUUUGUCGUUAUUUUAUAGUAAUAGGCCAUUGUUGGCACUAGAGUGCAGCACAGAGAAAAUCAGGGAUCUCCAUUGAGUGUUCCACGCCCAGACCUUAAAACAUUUCGCUCGAUUGCUCUCAUCUCUAUGAUCUGAAUUGCAGAGGACAAGUUAUUGAGCCAGAUCAUACAUGUGUACUUCCGUACAUGUAAACUAAUUUUUAGAGGCCGUUUUGAAAUCGGCUUUUUUUAAAAUGAGGAAGAAGUACAGUAGAUUUGUAUGAACGCAUCGUAUCAUUUGAUCAAGCAGAACAUCAAAUCACGCAAAUCGUGAGGGAAUUUACUUGUGAUCGCUUUUGAACUUUAACACUUGACGCUAAAGGAAUACAUUUUUAAUUUCCUUAAUCUCUUGCUAGCAUUCAUUUUUAAAGUGAACAUUAAUCACAGAGGUUUUGUAUAACCAUUCAAUGAUUUUUGGGACAAUGUAUUAUUAUAUCAUGACAAUUCCCUCAAGAAAACUGACUGCGAAGUGCUUUACAAGCAGAGGUAGUGAGGUCAGACUAUAUUCAAUAAUGGUCCAUUUUGUUUUACUCUGAUUGCAGAGUCCGGAAUUCUUUUACUCUUCCAUCAAGACAGAUUUGAAGCUUGGUAAUGUGUUUGAUGUUCUAGACUUUGUCGAUGAGUUGGAAAAUUUAAUGGAAUAAAUUCCGCAAGAUUCCGUGAUCACACGAAGAAACAGUAGUGCGCAUUCUGCUAAGCCCAAUUAUAUGCUACUCACGCAUAAUGCACAGGCUUCGAAGGACUCAAUUCCCAGUCCAGGUUAAGUAGAGAACGACAGUUCCAACCCAUGGAAAGACCGUACGGUUAAGAAGUCGAAAAACAGCGGGAACAGACAAAAGUGUAAGACCGGCGAUGAUGUCCUGUCAAGAAGCGUCAGGAAAACAACCAGAGUAAUGAUAAAUAAAUCUCUAACUGAAAAGUAGAGGUUUUUCCUUAAUAAAAGAACAAGAUUGUCUGAUAUCAUGAAUUUUAAAUAAUGGAAUAUCUUUGGGAACGUAUUUGAUGGUGUAUUGGCGAC